AUGUUAGAGGAUGAGCAAGUGAAUGAACUUGACGUGGCCCAGUUAAUGUGGUCAGGUCACCGAGUGGCGGACGUGCUCCGGGAAGGUCCCAAUCGUGGCCAGGAGGGACCGGGCGGCCCUCGAGGAGAGGUGGCCGGCCGCAGAGGAAGCCCCGCGUCGCGAGCAGGCCGUUUCCCACGUGGGCCGAGGGAGGAGAGACAUGCCGGUUCAGGGAGACUGGCCGUGCACCAGGACAGGGCGCCUGCCGAGGGGCCCCGGAGGCCGCGUGACGCGCAGGCCCCGGUGGAGGGCUUGCGGACGGGAGCUCAGCUCCCCGGUGGUGGACGCCGGGCUCUCCGCCCCGGCCAGCAGCCUGCCUCAGGAGGCUCCCCGCACCGCGAGCCCCGCCCGGCCCAGAGGAUCGGGUUGGCGUUCCUGGAGUCCCUCCUCCAGAAGGACCCUUCGGAAGUGGCCAUCACGCUGGCCUCCAGCCCCGGCCUGAGGGAGGUGCUCGCUCAAGGGGCGAUGCGGCCCAGCCUCCUGCAAGCGCUCUGCCAGGCCCUCCGCAGGGCCUGCAGCUCCCGGAUCGACAGGCGCAGCAUCCAGCAGCUGAUGGGCAUGGUGAAGGACUCCAACUUCCUCAAGGUCUGCCUGCCUCGGUACGUGGCGGACAUGCUGACGGAGGCCACCCCUGCUGCGCGGCAUCAGUACCCGCAGCACCUCGACAACAUCGUGGUGCUGGUCCAGGAAAUGGCCAGCGUGUUCCCCGCCAGCUCCGUGCAGAACGUCUCCAUGCUGAUGUCGGCCGUGCCGGCGGCCGUGAACGCCCUGAGGGCCUCCGGAGUGGACUUUGCCGAGGAGGCGGAGAGCCGCCUGGAGAAAGUCCAGGCCUUCGUCCGUCACCUGCAGGAGAAGAGGCGGGAGGGCACCUUGAAGGUGGACAGCCACACCCUCGUGCACCCCCUGGCUCCCGACGAGGGGGCCGCCUUCCGCGCCCUGCCCAUCUACCCCACCUACGAGGAGGUUCACGGGGAGGAGAAGCCCUUCCUGCGCCCCAACAUCAUCUCCCAGAAGUACGAGAGCCCGGCCGUCUACCUGGACACCCAGUUCCGGCUGCUGCGGGAGGACUUUGUCCGGCCCCUGAGGGAAGGGAUCCUCCAGCUCCUCCAGAGCUUUGAGGACAGGGGGCUCCGGGGGAAGCGGUUCGACGACAUCCGGGUUUACUUUGAUGCCCGGGUCCUCACCCCUCUCUGCUCGGCGACGGGCAUCGACUACAAGGUGCAGUUCGACACCAAGCCCCUGAAGCUGGUCCGGUGGGAGAACUCCAAGCGGCUGCUCUACGGCUCCCUGGUCUGCCUCUCCAGGGACCACUUCGAGACAUUCCUCUUUGCCACCGUGUCUCACCGGGACAGCCGGGACCUGCAGAAGGGCUUCGUGCACCUCUCCUUCAACAAGCACAGCCAGGCCCUGCUGGCCGACGUCGGCCCGGCCGACCCCUUCCUCAUGGUGGAGACCACGGCCUACUUCGAAGCCUACCGGCACGUGCUCAAAGGGCUGCAGGAGCUCCAAGAGGAGGACGUCCCCUUCCAAGACUACAUCGUGAGAUGCGAGCCGCACGUCAAGGCGCCCGCUUACCUGGCCAGGGGCAGCGUCUAUGACCUGGGGCCUCUGAUGAAGGCAGCGCCUGCCGCUGACGGGGCAGUCGAGGGCCCAGGCGCUCCGGCCAGGAGCAGGAUUGACAUUCUGGACUCUGGCCAGUGGCCGGCUCUGGACCUCUUGGGCCUGGACGCGUCCCAGAUGGAAGCCUUCCAGCUGGCCCUCACCAAGGAGCUGGCAAUCGUCCAGGGACCUCCUGGAACAGGCAAGACCUAUGUGGGUCUGAAGAUAGUCCGAGCUCUACUGGACAAUGAAGCCCAGCGGGGGGACAAGUCUCCCAUCCUGGUGGUCUGCUACACCAACCACGCCCUGGACCAAUUCCUGGAAGGGAUCCACACCUUCCAGAAAAGGGGGAUCGUGCGUGUGGGCGGGCGCAGCAACAGCGAGACCCUGCGGCAGUUCACCUUACGGGAACUGCGGAACCAAUUUCGGCACGAGCUGCGUCACCACUUGCGCCGGGCCUAUCACGAGAUCUCCAGCCAGAUGAGGGACUCUGAGCAGGUCCUGCUGCAGUCGGCUGCCUCGCUGGAGUGCACCUUGCGGGGGAUCCUGCAUGAACGCCACCUCCGGAGUUACAUGUCGGAAUCCCACUGGGACAGCCUCAUGCAGGCCUGGGACCGAGAGUGGCUGCUCCCGGGGGCCUCUCUGGUGGUGGAGUGGCUGGGCCUCGGCCUCACCCCUUUUGCCGGCACCGACGUGGAGCCCGGCGAGGAAGAAGAUGCAGGUGCUCCGGAGGAGCAGGAGGCGGAGCCAGAUCUGCUGGCGAUCGCAGAGGAGGCGGACCUGAUUCAGGAGGAGCGCCUGCUGGACGGCGAUGAGGCCGCCGGCCCCCGCUUUCUGAAGCAUAGGCCUCCCCUCCGACAUGAUGCCGCUCACCUGGCCAACCUGUUCCUGGCCAUGAAGCUGGAGGAGGAGGAGGAGGAGGACCGGGGAAACGAGGACCCCCCCCUCGGGCGUGGCAGUGCCGGCUGGCAGGUCCAACGAGGGCAGAAGAAGAAGAUGAAGGGAAAGGUGAAGAGAGAGCUGCAGAAGCCGCAGGCCAUGACGGAGGCCCAGGCGGAAGCUGUCUGGGAUGUGUGGAAGCUGAAACCUGAUUCACGCUGGCAGCUCUACAGGUAGUGGCUGCAGAAGUACCAGGCUGAGAUCCGGAGCAGAAUCCUGCGGCAGCGAGAGAGCUACCAGGCGGCCGCAGAGAGGCUGGCUGAGCUGCGGCUGCAUGAGGACCUUUGCAUCAUGGAGAAGGCCCAGAUUAUUGGGAUGACGACAACGGGAGCUGCCAGGUACCGCCAAGGGCUGCAGGAGGUGGCCCCUCGCGUGGUCAUCGUGGAGGAGGCGGCGGAAGUCCUGGAGGCCCACACCCUCACCACCCUCAGCAAGGCCUGCCAGCACCUCAUCCUCAUCGGGGACCAUCAGCAGCUGCGCCCCAGCGCCAACGUCUACGACCUGGCCAAGAACUUCAACCUGGAGGUGUCUCUCUUUGAGCGGCUGGUGAAGGUCGGCCUGCCCUUUGUCCGCCUCGAUUUCCAGCACCGCAUGCGGCCAGAGAUCGCCCGCCUCCUCACGCCACACAUCUACCAGGAGCUGGCAAACCAUCCCUCGGUGCUCGAGUACGACAACAUCAAGGGCGUGUCCUCCAACCUCUUUUUCGUGGAGCACAACUUCCCAGAGCAGGAGAUCCACGAAGGGCGGAGCCACCAAAACCCGCACGAGGCCCACUUCGUGGUGGGGCUCUGCAAGUACCUGCUGUGCCAGGACUACCAGCCCUCCCAGAUCACCAUCCUGACCACCUACACGGGCCAGCUCUUCUGCCUGCGCCGGCUCCUCCCGGCCAAGACCUUCCAGGGCGUGAAGGUCCACGUGGUGGACAAGUACCAGGGGGAGGAGAACGACAUCGUCCUCCUCUCCCUGGUGCGCAGCAACCCCGAGGGGCGGGUGGGUUUCCUGCAGAUCCCCAACCGCGUCUGCGUGGCCCUCUCCCGGGCCAAGAAGGGCCUCUUCUGCAUCGGCAACAUGGCCAUGCUGAGCCAGGUCCCCCUUUGGAGCAAGAUCGCGCACACGCUGCGCGAGAAGGGCCACAUCGGCCGCUCACUCCUGCUCUGCUGCCAGAACCACCCGGGCACCAGGACCGCCGUGGCCUGCGCCGACGACUUCGGCAAGGUCCCCGAGGGAGGCUGCAGUAUCCCCUGCGAGUACCGGCUGGGCUGCGGGCACGUCUGCCCCCGGGCCUGCCACCCCUACGACCUCCAGCACAAAGAGCUGCAGUGCAUGAAGGCUUGCCAGAGGGUGCUCUGCGCAGACGGACACCGCUGCCCCAAGGUGUGCUGUGAGCCGUGCGGGAAGUGCCUCGUCUUGGUGCCCAAGGCUCUGCCCAAGUGUGGGCACCUGCAGGAUGUGCCCUGCUCAACUCCGGCAGAGGAGUUCUGCUGCCAGGAGCCCUGUGGGAAAGCCCUCCGGCGGUGUGAGCAUCGCUGCAGGGCGACCUGUGGCCAGGAAUGCACCAGGCGCUGUCCGGAAAUGGUUCAGGUCACGCUGCCGUGUCGGCACAGCCAGGAGGUGGAGUGCUGUAUUGCUGCUGACGUGGAGAGCGGGAGGCCUGUGCCGUGCCAGGUGGAAUGCCGCAGCAUGUUGGAAUGUGGCCACCCGUGCCCGGGCUCCUGCCACUCCUGCUCCAAUGGCCGAUUCCACCAGCAGUGCAGCCGGCCCUGCGAACGCCUCCUGAUCUGUUCUCACAAGUGCCUGCAGCCGUGCACCAGCGAGUGCCCCCCGUGCCAGCGGCCCUGCGAGAACCGCUGUGGCCAUAGCCGCUGCCCAAACGAGUGCGGGGAGCCGUGCACCCCCUGUGCCGAGCCCUGUGAGUGGCGCUGCCAGCACCACCAGUGCACCAAGCUGUGCUCCGAGCCGUGCGACAGGCCCCGCUGCGAUGUGCCAUGUCCAAAGGAACUGUCGUGCGGUCAUGCGUGCGCAGGGAUGUGCGGAGAGCCGUGUCCGGAAAAGUGCCUCGUGUGCCACGGGGAAGAGCUCACGCAGAUCUUCUUUGGCCUUGAGGAUGAGCCCGGGGCUCGCUUCGUGCAGCUGGAGGACUGUGGCCACGUCUUCGAGGCCAAGGGCCUGGACUGCUACAUGGACCAGGACGGAGGCGCCGCCAUCAGGCUGAAGGUGUGUCCCGCCUGCCAGACGCCCAUCCGAAAGAACCUGCGCUACGGUACGCUGGUGAGGAGGAGCCUGCAGGAGAUCGAGAGGGUGAAGGAGCGGAUCCGGGGCUCCCCAGCCGAGGCCGAGGCCCGCCGUCACAGGCUGGAGGCCGAGCUGGUGGGCAACGCCAGGGCCCUUCUGCUGCAUCUGCCCGAGCAGUACUUCCGGCUGCGGGAGAAGCUGAAGCAGCCCUCUCUCUGCGGCCAGGGCCUGGAUGUCAUGGAGAGCCUGGUGGGCUUCUUCAUGCGGCUGGCCGAUCUGCAUGCCUCCGUGAGCAAGCUGGACCCCCGCGAGCAGGAAGGCGUGAGGCGGCGGCUGGCGGAGGUGGGCCAGUGGCUGGAGAGGCCCCGCCGCACCGUCACCCCCCAGGAGCUGUUGGACCUGCAGGCCGAGUUCCAGCGGCUGGCCUUCCUCCUGGACCUCCUCGGGGCCUGCAGGGCCGCCCAAGGGAAGAUGGAAGACCCUACGGGAGAACUGGUGGGCACGGUCCGGCGGGUCCUGGAGGGCGUGGGCAGGUUCACCCCGGAAGACGAGAGGUUCGUGAAGGAGAAGAUGGAGGCGGUGAAGGCCGCUCUGCCCACGUCGGGCCUGGGCAUCUCCGAGGCCGAGAGGGUGCAGGUUGUCACUGCCAUCAUGGCCAAUCGCCGGGGGCACUGGUUCAAGUGCCGGAACGGGCACAUCUACGUGAUCACCGAGUGUGGGGGCGCCAUGGAGGAGAGCCGCUGCCCGGAGUGUGAUGAGGUCAUCGGUGGGACCAACCACACGCUGGACCCCAGUAAUCAGCUGGCCCCCGAGAUGGACGGGGCGACUCACCCUGCCUGGUCAGAGGCCGCCAACCUCCUGCUGCGCGGGGCGGGGUGGCACGGCCUGCCCUAGGAAGGCACCAGCCCUUGUCAUCUCCCCUCCACCCCACCUUCCCUCGCAGGGAGAAAGGGGGCUCCUUCCUCGCAGCCUCUGGGUCCCAGUAGCCCAGGCCUCCUCUGCUGGCCAGUGAGUCUCUCAGAGCGCUGCAGCGCUUGACCUCUGGCACUUCCGCGUGUGCUUCGUCCUCCCCCACCCCACCCCACCCCACCCCCGGGAAAACGGGGGCCCUGUUAACUCUAGCCAGAUUUUUACUGCAAUG